UGACAACUGACAACCCCAGCGUCUAGUUCCCGCCAAAUUAUAUUUUUGUGCUCAUUGUUAUUGGGUCUUGUGUUGCUAGUUUUUAAUUUCAAAUUUCUUAGUUUUAUAUUGAUUUAGGAUUUCUUGGUUUAAUAUUAAUUCAAAAAGAAUUUGUUUCUAUUAAAAAAUGGAAGGUUACGAUGAUCCAGGAAUGUAUUAUAGUUCCAAUUUUGCAGAAGAUGAUACUCCAGCAGACACUGAUCAAAUUAAUUUGCAAGCCGUUAAAAAGAAGUUUAAGGAAUUCAUCCGUCAAUAUCAUACGGAUAAUUUUAACUAUAAAUAUAGGGACAAUUUAAAAAGAAACUACAAUUUACGCCAGUACUAUCUUGAAGUAAAUAUUGAAGAUGUUGGAAGCUAUGAUGAAACUUUGGCUGAUAAGUUAUAUAAACAACCAGCAGAACAUUUGAUGUUGUUUGAAGAGGCGGCCAAAGAUGUAGCAAAUGAAUUAACUGCACCUAGACCAGAAGGUGAGGAAGAAAUGGAAGAUAUUCAGAUUAUGUUGUCAUCUGAUGCCAAUCCUUCUGAUCUAAGGUCUUUGAAGUCCGAUGUUGUUUCCCGUUUAGUGAAAAUACCAGGAAUUGCCAUAAGUGUUUCUGGUAUUAAAGCAAAAGCCACUAAAAUAUCCAUCCAGUGUCGAACCUGUAGCAAUAUCAUACCAAAUUUGUCAGUAAAAGCAGGAUUAGAAGGGUAUUUAUUGCCUAGAAAAUGUAACACGGAACAAGCUAAUACACCAAAGUGUCCAAUGGACCCAUUCUUUAUAAUGCCAGACAAAUGCCAGUGUGUAGAUUUUCAAGUUUUGAAAUUGCAAGAGCUUCCUGACAGUAUACCACAAGGAGAGAUUCCUAGACACAUUACUUUGUAUUUAGAUAGAUAUUUGUGCGAAAGAGUUGUUCCUGGCAAUAGAGUUCAAAUUUUGGGAAUUUAUUGUGUUAAAAAAGUCAGUAGACCUUCAAAGCGUGAAGGCAGAGAGAAAGCAAUUACGGGAGUGAGAGCAGCGUACAUGAGAGUAGUUGGUAUUCAACAAGAUACAGAAGGCUUGGGAGCAUCAAGUUGGAGUAUCAUAUCAUCUGAAGAAGAAAACACUUUCCGGAGGCUGGCAGGCCUUCCAAAUAUUUAUGAAAGAAUAGCUUCUAGUAUAGCUCCAUCAAUUUACGGAGCAGCGGAUAUCAAAAAAGCUAUAGCUUGUCUACUUUUCGGUGGAUCUAGAAAAAGACUACCCGAUGGUUUGACCAGAAGGGGGGAUAUUAAUAUUUUAUUGCUUGGUGAUCCUGGUACGGCUAAAUCACAGUUACUGAAAUUUGUCGAGAGAGUUGCUCCAAUUGCUGUUUAUACUUCAGGAAAAGGAAGUUCUGCUGCUGGAUUGACUGCUGCUGUCAUGAGAGAUCCUGCUACGCGUAAUUUUGUCAUGGAAGGUGGGGCUAUGGUAUUGGCUGAUGGUGGAGUUGUGUGCAUUGAUGAAUUUGAUAAAAUGAGGGAAGAUGAUAGAGUGGCAAUUCAUGAAGCCAUGGAACAGCAAACUAUUUCUAUCGCCAAAGCUGGUAUAACGACUACUUUGAAUUCUAGAUGUUCAGUUUUGGCUGCGGCUAACAGUAUUUUCGGUCGAUGGGAUGACACCAAGGGUGAUGAAAACAUUGACUUUUUGCCAACUAUUUUAUCACGUUUUGAUAUGAUUUUUAUUGUUAAAGAUGAACAUGAUAAGCAAAGGGAUAUUACCCUUGCCAAACACAUUAUGGGAAUUCAUAUGAAUGCAGGUGAAGUUUCUCAAGAGUCUAACGAUGGAGAAAUGUCACUUGAGUUUAUUAAGAAAUAUAUCAACUAUUGUCGAAAACGUUGUGGACCAAGGUUAAAUCAAGAUGCCGGCGAAAAAUUAAAAAGGCGUUAUGUAAUGAUGCGAUCUGGAGCCAAUCAACACGAAAUGGAAGUUGAUAAGAAGAGUUCGAUUCCAAUAACAGUCCGUCAACUUGAAGCCGUUAUUCGUAUUUCCGAAAGUUUGGCAAAGAUGCAGUUGCAACCUUUUGCAACGGAAACUCAUGUUGAUGAGGCGCUGAGGCUUUUCCAGGUAUCUACUUUGGAUGCAGCUAGGACUGGGACUCUUGCAGGCGCUGAAGGAUUCACAUCAGAAGAAGAACAUGAAAUGUUGGUUCGUAUAGAGAAACAGCUCAAAAGACGUUUCGCCAUUGGCACCCAAGUAUCGCAACAGAAUAUUAUACAAGAUUUUAUACAUCAACAAUAUCCAGAAAGAGCAAUAGUUAAAGUUAUACAAACUAUGAUCAGACGAGGACAGCUACAGCACAGAAUGCAAAGAAAAAUGUUAUACCGGAUAAGUUAAAAAUGUUCGUAUGUAUUAAGUCUGCACACUUUCAGUUUCAAUUUAAUUUAUUUCUACAAUUUUUUUUUCCUAUACUAUUUUGUUUGUUGUAAAGAAAUUGACAAUAAUCUCAAUUAGCCGUUAAUUAAAAAGAUAUAAUUUUAUGAAAAAAAAAAUAUUUAUAGAAACAACAAUACACAUUAUUCUGAAUCGCAAGUUGAAUUUAAUCAUGUUAUUACAUAAAACAAAUUAAAUAUACAUAAAGUAUUGUACUGUAUUUUUAUAUUUUGUAAUUUUAGAACUAAUUAUAGUAAGUAAUUUCUUCAUA